GAAGCUUGGUCCAUCAUCAGUUUUUUAACUCGUCCGAUUGUGGAAGCAUGAGUUCGGCAUGUCUUUAAUUUUGAACGACAUGAUGGGCGAGAACGACGACGACAACAGCGACCUCAGCGAACACGCGAGAUUUUUAACCAAAGGCGCAUUCCUCUUAACGCCGAGCCACGACCUGAGCCUGGACAAGGCGGCCAACAUCUGCGACAAGCUGAACUUCCGCGGCAGCUUCAGCCUCACCAAAACCGCCACCGGCAUCCUAUUUAAGUUCUCCGAGCCGGAAGACUACAACCAGGUCUUCCGCAAGGGUUUCCACAAGGUGACUGGAGGAAGGCUGUACAGAAAAGUGGCGAUCCCUUGCAGGCCUCAGAAAACGUUCUCGUUGCUCGUGCACGAAGUACCGAACGACCUACCGGAAGACGACAUCAGAGCCAGCUUGUACCGAUACAUGUCGAUCGUGGAAGUGUGCCGCAUCCCACCGAAAAUCGACCAGGUGCCCGGCACCCCCAAUCCGAUACGCGUGACCGUCGCCUCGCUGGAGGAGUACAACAACUUGCUCCAGCAAGGCUUGGACUUCUACGGCGCCACGUACUUCCCCACCGAACCGCUGAAGAAGGACCAGCUGCGGGGCUCCAAAGAACGUCUGUUGCCGGUCUUCGAUUCGUCCGGGUUCUCGCGACUGCCGCCCCCUCCGAGCCGUACCCUUAAGCCGCGACCAUGAGGAACCACCCCGGCCGACGAUUGCAAGGAACCAGUUUUAACCAAACUCAGCCGCUUGAUGCACACGUACGACUGUACAAAAAACUGUGAGUGGUUUGUUUUUUUCUCACGUUUAUUACUAAUAAUUAUAUGAAUUUUCAGUUCCUAACAUUCUUGUCUUGUUUGUACUAUUAAUUAAUAAAGAAUAUUGUGAAUGAUAA